UCCUGCACACAGCAAGUACGCGACUUCAAAGUGCCCGCACCACCAGCUCUCCGAUCGGUGUUUUUGUGUGUGGUUUUUUUUUGGCAAUGUGGUGCAGUCGAGUGGCACUGCGUCAGCUCCAGAGGGCGACAGCCAAGACUGUCUGCAAGGCGCCGGCAGAAGGAUUGGUGCACAGGGAGAUGUCCAACCUGUCUCGGGUCUACGUCACCCGGCAGAUCCCGCCGGACGGCCUGAGAAUCCUCCGUGAAUCUGGCCAAGUGCAGUUUGACCUGUGGGACUCUGACGACGUCCCGGUACCCAGGAAGGAGUUGCUCCAGAAGGUGAAAGGUGUGGACGCCCUGCUCUGCGUGCUGACCGAGAAGAUCGACGCGGAACUGCUGGACGCCGCAGGUCCCAACCUGAAGGUCCUCAGCACUAUGUCUGUGGGCUUCGACCACCUGACUCUGGACCAGCUGAAGAAAAGAGGAGUCCGCGUGGGUUACACACCUGACGUCCUGACGGAUGCAGUGGCUGAACUGACCGUGGCUCUGCUGCUCGCCACCUCCAGGAGGCUCAUCGAGGCGGUGCACGAAGCCAAGACCGGAGGAUGGGGCACCUGGAGGACUCUCUGGCUGUGUGGACACGAGCUGGCCGGCAGCACCGUGGGGAUCCUGGGCUUGGGGAGGAUCGGCGUGGCCAUCGCUGAGCGCCUGGCGCCUUUCAAAGUGGAAAAGUUCCUCUACUCAGACGUGGCCCCCAGGCCUGACCUCGCUGCUGGCAUCGCUGCAGAGCACGUGUCUUUUGAUGAGCUGGCCCGGCGGUCCGAUUUCUUGUUGGUGUGCUGCGCCUUGACGCCCGAGACACAAAUGAUCUGCAACCAGGAGCUUUUCUCCAAGAUGAAGAGCACCUCCAUCUUCAUCAACACCAGCAGAGGCGGCGUGGUGAACCAGGACCACCUGUAUGAGGCGCUCUCCACCCAUCAGAUUGCGGGGGCGGGUCUCGACGUGACCGUCCCCGAGCCCCUGCCCACUGACCACCCGCUGUUCACCCUCAAAAACUGUGUGAUCCUGCCCCACAUCGCCAGUGCCUCCUACACCACCCGUAACGCCAUGUCCAGCCUGGCAGCCAACAACCUCCUGCUCGGCCUCCGUGGCGAGCCCAUGAUCAAAGAGCUCAAACUGUGAGGCGCAACUGUAUCAGCAGCUGAUAUUUCAUUAAAAAAAAAAAUGACAAAAGACAA